AUGUACCGAUUGGCUGCCCUUGCCUGCUUGAUCGCCUUUGCCUCCGCCUGUGAUGUUGCGUGGCCCAACAACACCGACACGAAAUUGAACUGGUUCCCCUCCUGCUCAUCCCCAGUCACUUUCUAUGGCCUCCAGGCCCAGGAUGCUAAAGGCAAUGCAGAGUACCCAAUUAAAUUGACGGAACCCCUCGUCAUCCAGGCCGACAUGAACAACCCGAACAAUGUCUACAAAUCGCCGAACUUGAAGAGCACCGUCAACUUGUGGUCUUGGGGAUCCGCAUUCGCUUGCCAAUGGUCGGUGGUGCCGACUUUUGAUUUGUUGAAGAACCUUGACGCCUGCACAAAUGGAGUUCCUUGCCCCGUCGAGAAGGGCCGCAAGACCAUCCCGAUUACCCUCGACUUCUCCAAGUUCGAUAACAUCAUCAAGCUGCUGAAGAACGAUGCACCCUACCAAAUGGAGAUGAUCCUCCACGACACCGCGUCAAACGACCAAACCUGUGUGACAGCUCAGGCCCGUGCCCUCACAAAAAGC